UCACAGAGCAAAACCACUGUCUGCCCAUUGGUAUCCAAUAUUGGUACUCAAUUCUGCUUAGUCUCACUUGAUUCCAGAAGAUACAGUAGAGAAUUACACAGAAUCACCACCUACCAGAGUGCUCUGUUGAAGCAAUAUGAGAACUUUGUUCUUGGGUUACAGCAGUCAUUUGGUGAGCCCACAAAACAGGAAAUGAACCCCUUGGUGAAUGCUAAGGUUGACAAAAGGGACAACUUCUCUCAGCAGGAUGCCACUACUUUCCAGCUCCUUGCUCAAAAUCUGAGAUAUAAUGAAACCAAUCAGAGUGAUCACUACCAAGAGGAACUAGCUGACUCCAUUCAGGCUGAAGUAAGUGGCACAGAUCUGAUGGACAAUCUCCCAGACCUUAUCACUCAGUGUAUUCAGUUGGAUAAGCAACGUAGUGACAGGCCAGAGCUCCUGCAGUCAGAGGCCCAGAUCCCAGUGUUGGCUUCCCUGAUCCGCCACCAAGCCCUCUCCAACCCCACAGGUCCACCACCCAAGGAAGACCCUAUACAGCUUCGAGGAAGCCAGCCGCCUCUCACUCCAGCCAAACGAGCCCGCCAGCAAGAAACUCAGUCAUGCCUCUACUGCAGCCAGGCUGGUCACUUCACAAGAGAUUGCCUUGCCAAACGUUCUCGAGCCCCAGCAAGGAUAAAUAACCCAGCUCACCAGUAAGAGGAGCCCAGGCAGGUCGCAUUGUAAACUUAUAGCCCUCUCACCUCCAGCCUCAUUGAUUUAUAUCCUGCAUUAACAUUUAAAAUACAGAUGGGGAACGGGGAUACCACUUUACAGUCAUGAACUCCUAUGCGUCUGAGAAUUUAAACAACCAGAUCUUUUUCAUUUGGUGACCCAUCACCAAACUUGAUAAAGCAAUGAUGAAAACAAUUCCCAGGCACUUUCUACAGUUGGGACUAAUUUCCCAAGUGUACUGAAAGCCUGCAGGCAAAACUCUGCCCAGUCUGAUCCAAUGGAAACCACCCUGGCAAUACAUUGGGAACUCCAUCCCCACCAACAGGUGAUAGAUACCUGGGUUGAGUUUGUUGGCCCAAGGCCUUCACUCUUACUCUCAUUGGUCUGUAUCCUAGUCCCCUGUUGGUUUAAGACUCUUGGCUGAAGUCCCAGUUGCAUUUCCAUAUCCUACUAACAUUCUCCUACUAGAGGCUGAAUCCUGCUCCACCUAUUGACUGGAGUCCAAUUUAACACAAACCAACCUUCAUGGAAACACAGCUAUGCCACCUUUUCAUACAGCUAUAUAUUUUGCUACUAUUUAAAGACUGCUGCUUGCUCAAAAGUAAUCUCUUGGCUAUUGACAAACUAGAUGGUAUGGCCCUUUGAGCAGUCUGCUUGGAACUUUGGGUCCACUUCUUUGAGAGUUAGUCCUUCAGGCAGGUAUAUGUUUUUAGCCAAGCCCUAGCUUACUCCCCUUUUCUCCAACAACCUACUUCAGGUUCCAGCAUGUCUUAUGGCCAAGUCAAAAUGCUCUAGGAUAAUGACCUCUAACAAGUAUUUAGUGAGAGUUGGGGAAUGUGUCCCAUCAUAAUUACUGUGUCUGAAGCAUGUCCCUGCUGCCUUAGACAGGGAACCUGGCUAACUAAAUCUCCACUGAAGACUGAGGAUCAGGCCCUUCAGUAGUCUCUGACUCUAGAGGCCUCAGUGCGGUCACCAUCUAGGAUCACUACCCGUUGAUGCUAAGCUCUACCCUUAUGGACCACCUCUGGGGACCUUCAUCUAGUUGAGGAUCUUGAAGAGCAAUUAAUGGCAGACAAUUUUCUGAACCAUCUCACAUUUCAAAUCCUGGGGCAUAUACAUCAACACCAUCUGUAAAUAAAACUCACGA